UCUUAACACUUCUGCGAAAACUGUGAAUCAGAUGAUAACUCCUUCUGUUCAGCAGCUUCGAUUACCAUAGUAACAAAUAUCAUAUAUUGAAAACCAUCUGUUUAAAGGUACACAGAUAACGCUGAGAAUUAACACGUGUUCCGUUAUCAGUAGUUACCUGAAUCUUUUUAAAACCAAAAGCUUCAUAAAACGAAGAGCACGAAAACGAGUAACAGAAAGAAAAACGUUCGGUUGUGGGUUUUUUUAUGGCACUAGAAACGUUUUAAUUUCUAUUGGAUUAGUUUAUAUUUUCAGGAAUGUCAGGGAAACCAAAGGACUGGUCACUUUUAAUGACCAUUGUGACGUCGUUGUUGCUGGGGGUAUCAGUCGAGGCGAAGUGUCCUCCUCUAGAAAAUAUUUACCCUUGUUCUUGUAGUGAAAACAUUGAUACUUGUUUCUAUUCAUGCAAAGGUCUCGAUAAUAAUACGUCGUUUCUCGUGUAUGAACAGUUUCGGUCUUGUCCAACAAUCCACUUUAGUAUAGUUUCUGGAGAAAUAUUUUCUUUGCCACACCGUUUCUUUGGUGGAUUUGGUUCUGUGGAAAGAUUCAGUUUGAGUUUAAUACACACGAAACUUGAAUACUUAGGUGAAACAUCUUCAGGUUUAUCAGCUUUCGACGGAUUAUCAGUUAAGAACGAGUUUUCUGUUUAUAUGCAAUGGACUGAUUUAGGAAGUAGUUUUGACUGGUCAGCUUUUUCAGCCGUGGACUUUGGACCAGAAGUAUCCACGACUUUCUUUUCCAACAUAUCCGAAUUUUCAGAGUUAAGUCCCGGGUUUUACACAGCGUUUUCAGGCUCUAACAUGAACUCACUAGUUGUGUCAGUUGCUGGUCUGAAGAGUGUGGGUGAAAUACCUUUGGGCCAGUUUUCGUCUUUGGUAAACGUAAACUUUGAAAGAAAUUCCUUAACAGAAAUUAAACGUUCCAACUUUCCAAGACCAGCGCCAGAACUGGAGAAUAUUGAUUUGAACCGAAACCGAUUAAGUUAUCUUCCAGGAGAUCUGUUUACAGACAUGUUUAAGCUCAAGAUGCUGGAUAUUUCCAUCAAUCAAAUAUCCGUGUUAAUCGAAGAAACCUUCAAACCGAUCUUUACGUCGCUUGAUAGACUUAUUGUGAUUGGUUUACCCCUGACCUGUGACUGUCGCCUGGCUUGGAUAUUACCUGAUUGGAGAGAAAAAGUAAUUGAUGCUAGUGGAAUGGCCUGGCCUGUCACGUGCAACGAACCUCCUAAUCUUGCUGGAAAACGAGUCCGAGACCUUCAGGUGCAAGACUUGGCUUGUAAAGUUAAACAGUAACUCAAGUGUAAUAAAAUAAUCCUUGUAUUGUGUAAUGAUAACAAA